CUGUGAAGUCGGAAGACUCUCCGAACGAGCACAGGUGUCGCUUCUGAGUGAAAGAUUGACGGACCAAUGGGGAGAUGUGAAACGUCACCUGUAGCUGCAGGUCGGGGCGGGACAUUUGGCGUUGGAGCGGUCGCUUGUGUCUCGGGGUGAGCCGGCUUGGGGCUGAAAUACGCUCAAGGAGUUGUACUGACGCACUGCUCGAGCUGUCACUCCUCCAGCCCCAUGUCGGCUGAGCGCGACACCGUGCAGAUCCCCGAUGACUUGGCGUUCGCCUCGUUCAGAGAGCGCUGCGAAUCGGAGCGUGGCUGGCAGCAGAAGUACAGUAAACUGGAGAUAGGCGUCUGGGUGCAGGCCGCGACUGAGGGCAAAGCCGUCCACAGGAUCAAGUGUAGAAUUGAACUUAAAGACACUUCUGCAGAGACUGUGUAUGACGUACUACAUGAUAAUGAAUACCGCCUCAAGUGGGAUAAGCAGGUCAUCAAGACUUUUGACAUUGCACGGCUCACAGCAAAUGCAGAUGUUGGGUAUUAUUCAUGGAAAUGUCCAAGACCCCUAAAAGACAGGGAUGUGGUUAUUUUGAGAUCUUGGCUGGUCACAGAUAAUGAUUACAUGAUUAUCAACUACUCAGUGAAACACCCUAAAUAUCCUCCUCAGAAAGAUCUAGUCAGAGCUGUGUCCCUUCUAACAGGUUACCGAAUCCUACCCACUGGGUCCAAAAGUUGUAAUCUUGUGUAUAUGGCUGAGGCAGAUCCUAAAGGGUCUCUUCCAAAGUGGGUUGUCAACAAAGCUUCUCAGUAUCUUGCUCCAAAAGUUCUGAAGAGAAUCCAUAAAGUGUGUUUGAAGUACCCUGAAUGGAAACAGAAGAACAGGCCAGCCUUCAAACCUUGGCUUUACCCAGAACAAAAUACCUUGCCAACCAUGAGCCUCUCUGAACUUUCAAUCCAGCAUGCAGAUUCACUGGAAAAUAUUGAUGAAAGUGGCCUAUCUGAAGAGAACAAUGGUAGUGAUGAUGAAGAAUGUGGAACUAAGGGCUUAAAAGACUGAAACCAUGUUGUAACGUUUUUGUUUUUCUGCAGUGUUGUACGCCCUUGAUGGUUGGGGCUGCUGCGGAGGAGUCAGCAGGAGUUCAUAUUAGUUCUUGGAAUUUGGGAGGAAAAUUCUUAAUUGUGGAUGGAUUUAAUGAUUGGGGAGAAAACUGUCAUUGAACCAAGGUUGUGUGUGUGUGUGUGUGUGUGUGUGUGUAUAUACAGAAUGACAUUCAGGCAAUAAAUGAAAUAUCUGUGCACCCUAGGGUUAAUACUAGUAGUGACAUGUUAAAAUGAAGGAACAGCAUGAAAAUGACUUCUGAUUUUAUUUAGUUUUGAAUGCAUCUUUCGGAAAUGUUAUAUUGGGGUAUUGAAAGGAUUCUUUUGAAAUUUCUCUCUUUUUUUUAGUGAGACUGUAGGACUCUUGAAUUACAUGUAUACAGGGUUUGAAAGAAGAGUAUGUACAAGGAUUAUAUGGUAUUGAUUUCCAAGUCACUUUGAAAAUGUUUGUUAAGUUACCUUGGAAACAAAAUUACUUGUCCUGGUUUCAGACUGCAACAUCUUAUCUUCUCAUGUAAUAAGAUUCUGAUCAUUGUGCACCUUUUUUUAUGAACAGUAAUUCUCUAUUCUUUAAACUACCAAGUGGACUGAAAGUUUUUGUUUGUGUUCUGUAGGGUCACAAUUUUUAAAUUUUGCACUACUGUGUUAAAGUAAGUGAAGAAAACAUUAACCCUAAGAUUAGUUAUUGAUACCGUUGCUAAUAGUCACCAUUCACUUAACUUUGAACAACUUCUUCUUGUGGGGGGGGAAAAAACACACAUUUAAAAGACUUGGGUGUCUGGUGUUCAACAUGUGGAUUAAGGGGAUCUGUUUCUCUCCUAGCAGAGCAAUUCCUUCAAAGUCUGAGGAUCCCUUUUUUAUUUUUAUUGUUUCUUUUUCCUUUUUUAUGGUUCGAUAUUUAUUUCAAUUGAAAUAUUCCUUCCCAAGUCCUGCCUUUUAACACCAGGUUCCCACUGCCUUUUUAAAAUAAAAGUCUGAGCGUACAGCAAGGUAAUGCAUGAGAGAGAUUUUACAAUUCGCAGUGGGAAUCAAGACUGAAGUAGACUGUUAAUAUUUAAAUGUGAGACUUUGCAGCAGAUGUACAACUGAGCAGGGGCAUACAUGUUGAAAUGAAAAAUAGUGGGGGCGGGGGGGAAUGCAUAAUGGAUGUCAGUUGUCAAUAAGGUAAUGUUUUUGAUGGAUACAAACUUCCUAUGUUCAUAUCACCUUGGAAAAUGAUCAAUUGCAGUCUUGAUGGAAUUGGGGAAGCCCUAUAUACAGGCUCAUGUACAUGUUACAUACAAUAAAUAUAGAGAUGAGGUGAAUAAAAUUCUGUCAAGCAAGUUUUAGGCUGGUUUCAUAUGUGAAGUGGUUAGACCUAAAUGAGUAAUUGUUAAUGGCGAAGCUUAUAACCAUCAGCACCCAAAUGCUUUGUUUUAUAAUGUUGGCAGCAGAGUUAAAAUUUGUUCAAAAUUUGAGCAGUUAGUAGAUAUAACAGUACUGAAACACAUUGUCCUAGAACACAGCUCUGCACUAUUUUUAUGAUUCCUGACAUGAAAGGAACUGCUCAUUGUUUUAUUGUUAAACCUUGAUGGUUCAGUCAAUCUGUAAUCAUUUCAGUCAGUUGAAUAGUAACUAACUUUAACUGCUAUUGAAGUAUGUUCAAAAUAGGUGACAUGAUUGUAGAAAAUAUGAUCCACAAUCUUUUAUUUGCAAGAAUGGACAGCUACUUGUUCAGAAAUUACAAUAGCCUUAAGAGAUCAGUGUAUUGUUCUUCAGCUUGUUAAUGAAGCCUUACAGCAAUAAAUUUUGGUAUGCUUGCUUCUAAAUCUGAAUCAGAGGAAUAUUAAGGCCGAACCCUAAUUUUCUUUCCUGAACUUCAAAAAAUAUUGUCCAACAGAACUACUUAAGGUGCCUAAGGGAUUGUACAGACAAUGUAGAUGUUACAGUGCAAUAGAAGCACUGGCAUUAAAUAAAUUAAAAGUAUGAGUGAAGAUGAUACAUUUUGAGAACAAAAUCUUGGAAUUGGAAUUUAGGGGUAUUUUUGGUAUUUUGUAAAGUGGAUUUUUGUAACUGUUGAAAAUAAAUGAGCAACUUUUGAAAUAACUGCAGAGAAUUUUGGGACCUCAAUUCUAGUAGAUGCAUGAGGCGGAAAACACUUAAAGAUAUGCCUAGUAAUUUGGUUUUGCCAAUGAAAUAGUCCCUGCUAAAGAAUUGCCAAUGCAGUUCUAAUCAUUGUUUCUAAAUAUUGUUGCCUUUUAUUUCCUUUUAUUGGGAAUCUAAUACAGCUCUCUAAUUGAUAUAAGGCACUGAUAGGAAAAUGGAUACCCUGCCCUGCCUCGUAACCAAUAAGUGGUUGUACCCAAAAAAAUGACAAUUUGUAUGUAUUGAGAGUGAUGUGUGGUUGAUAAGGAUCCACCUCAUUUAUGCGUCUGCUAGUUUUGAGGUCCCGAAAUGUUUCAAACAGGCUAGAAAAAAAUUUCUGUUUUUGUGAAAAGAACCUUGUUCCUGCUGAGCAUUCAGUGUCAUUUUGGAUACAAAUGUCUCUGUUUAUACACAGGCUUUUUGUCCUGUAUAAAUGUUUUAUAAAGAAAUUCAGCUAUCCAUUGACCUUACAAUAUAGUCACUUCUGUAGUUUUUGCAGUGUUGUCAGGUUAGGGUUAUUGUAUGUAAAGCAAAAACUAUGCUGAAGCCAAAUCAAUGUCUUGCUCAAACUUUGUUGAGGUUCACUUCAAAUUGUUAUGACUUGGUAAUCACUGUGUCACCCAUUGCUCAACUGAACCUUUUCCAGUCUAAAAUUUGUGAUUGCCAUGCUAGGUUACUCUAUUCACCAAAGGGCCAAGUGUGAAAAUUUCACUGUUUUCUGAAAUUUAGCAGCAAUACUGCUGUGGUGCCAGUAUACUUGUUCAUCCCACUGAUUAUCAAAUGUUUGUUAAUUUCCUUCUAACUCCUGUAAAUGUGAUAGAAGUGUGCUAAUUAAAAAUAUUAAAGUAGUAGAAAGCUGUGCCUACAAUUUGCAUUCGAUGGAGCAUAUUUAAUGCUUACAUUUGUGUUUUUCUUAAACAUUGGAAAAACCAGAGUUGGGCGGGACCUCAGUGUUUGCAUGUUUAUGAUGUGUAUUUUUCUCUUGCCUGCACCAUAAAUCAAAAGGGAGCUCAUAGAUACUAUCCCAAAAUGCCGGAUGAAUCCUAGGAUCAUUUCUUUUCAUUUUUUUUAAAGCAUACUUCCCCAUUCAGAAUGGGGCUGCACUCCUACCCUAUCUUAUUUAUAGAGGAUUUCCAAAUCUUUGGAAGUUGCUGUAAUAUCUGUAGUUUCAUGUUGUUAUUGCUGUCAAAUCUUUUCAAAUUCUGUGUAUCUCUUUUCUCCUCCUCCUCCUCCUCCCCAAUGUGGCUAACCGUCAGCUGUUUGGGGGGGGGGGAUUCAUAUACUGAUAGUUUUAUAUCCUUGAAUCAUCAUCUGAUCAUGGGUUGAUUAAGAGAUGUUAUUCUGCUUAUAAUUUACUCUGCCUGAGUUACACUGCUGGCUGAGAAGUUUAAAACUUCCUUUUUUCUUUUUAAAGACUAGGUUCCCGCCUUGCUUCCUCUUUCCUACCCCAUCUUAGCCUACUCAAGGUACCUCAUGGAUGAAAGACCGAAGUACAAUUUUGUAUUUCUUUCAACUUUUGAGAGAGGAAUUAUUUGCCUGUUGGAUGUGCUUAGUUUCUUUGUAUACAGUUUUGGUUUUGUUGUUUAAACAAAACAAUCGUUUAUUUCUUUUUUCAAAAACACUGAACUAGAAAAGGAAGUUAUUUUCAAUUCAAUUAGUUGUUCCUCUGGCUGUCAUGUAUUUGUGAAGUUCAUGUUUUUUUAAUCAAAUUAGACCAGAUUUAUUUUAAUGUAGACUUUAUCUCGGAAACAAUUACUUACAGCGCAGAAUUGGACAGUAUAAAGAUAUUUUAACUUGCGUCUGUAUUACAAUGAUACUGAUUAUCUAAGUCAUUUGUAUCUAUACUAGAGUAGCUACUGUCUGAAAAAGUAUUUGAAUUAAAUCUGCAACUAUCAGACAGGAAAUCUGGCUUCAGUUCCCUUUCUUUACAUAACUCUCAGCUAAAUUUCUUUAUAUGCAAAUGAUGUAUCUGAGAUUAAGCAAAAGCUGUAUUUAGCAAAUCUUGCACAAUUCAAAUUUUCUUAAAAUGAAAAUUACCAUUUAACAACUGGGACUGGCAACAGUGUUUUAUAUGUGCAUGUUGUAAUAAUAGACUUUUUUGAAUUAAUAGGGGCAGGUUGUAAGAGAACAAAUUGAUUUUUAAAGUGUAGCUUUUAGAUCUUGGGUAUGUCAAUAAUUGGAUCCCUCAAUUAGCUUAAGUGUCCUGUUAGAAUGGAACACUAACCAGGGCUCCCAGUAUGACAGCAUAGAUUUUUUUUUUCCCCCACUGUUAACGUUGGGAGAGUGGUAGAAUUCCCAGAAUAGACAAUGCCAUUAUCCUAACAAAUGACAUCACAUUUCACAUUUAUGUAUUGGUAUUUAUUAUUGUUCGAAUAAAGAUCAGUAUAACAAUAUUCCCCUCCAUUCAGAGAUAAUGGGAACUGCAGAUGCUGGAGAAUUCCAAG